AUGGUCGGUUCCAUCGUCCGCACCCUAUUCUCGCCAGGAGCCCGCCGGCCGCUCCUCUCCGGCCUCGUCUCUACUCCCUCCUCCCGCUUCACUCUUCCCACCACCACCACCACCACCACCACCUCUCCCAUCCUCUCCGCCGCCACCCGCUUCUUCUCCGCCACGCCGCCGCGCGCGGCCACGCUCAACCAGGUGCUGCGCGGCAUCCGCAAGGGCAAGCGCGCGCGGCACGCCGUCUCGCCCGCGCUCGCCAACACGCACUGCCCGGCGCUCAAGGGCGUGUGCCUGCGCGUCGGCGUCGUGCGCCCCAAGAAGCCCAACUCGGGCGAGCGCAAGACGGCGCGUGUCAAGCUCUCGACCGGCGCCCUCGUCACCGCGUACAUCCCCGGCGAGGGCCACAACAUCCAGCAGCACAGCGUGGUGCUGGUGCGUGGCGGCCGCGCGCAGGACUGCCCCGGUGUGCGGUACCACCUCGUCCGCGGCGCCUUGGAUCUGGCUGGUGUAGGAACGCGCGCGACGAGUCGGAGCAAGUACGGCACGAAGAAGCCCAAAAAGGCCACCAUUGGUUAA